AUGAAUUUUGUCCUAGUUCACGGCAUCGGGGGAUUGGUUCUGCUGAGAUACCUGGGGGCUGCAGAGACUGCAAUCGAUUCUUUACCAGAGGAAAUCGGAGAACUAGGGCAGCUGGAGACCCUGAAUUUGAGGAAGACAAAAAUGCUGAGCACUUUGCCUACUUCUAUAGCUAAACAGAAAAUGUUGGCACAUCUGCUAAUUGACGGCACCGUCAAACUGCCUAGCGAAAUCCUGAAAAUGCAAGGAUUAGAAGAAGUAUCAACUGUUGGUGUCUACAGUAGCAGGACAAUCGAUUCAGUGGCAGAGCUCUUGAGGAAGUCGGAGCGGCUGAGGGUCCUCGGCAUAAGAUUGGAUGGGUCACACUUAUCUAAUGAUAACGAGAGUGUCAGGACUUUCCUCAUGGAGGUUACAAGGUCUAAUAAGCUUACUUGCCUAUCACUUGAUUGCCUCAAUUUCGGUUUGCUUGACAUACCGCUGGAGUUCCCUCCAUCUGAUCAGCUCCGAAGAUUUGAGCUGAAAAUCUCGGUUCCAGUCCUCGGACGGACUGCACACAGGAUGGCCUCUCUUGUCAGCGUUACCCACUUGGAUAUUGAAAUUGUUCGAUUAGAAGAUGAAGCUGUCCGUGCCCUGGGAGGUUUGCCUCAUCUAGUCCUUCUCAAGUUAGUUUCUUCAGGUGGCAUAAGAUUCAGCUCACAACUCAAAUGGAACCCAGAAGGCAGGUGCAAAGUCGGCGUGGACCAUGGCUUUAAGUGUGUGAAAGUAUUGUCGCUCAUAUGCCGAUCUGGUGGGACGGAGCUGGAGUUCACACCAGGAGCCAUGAAGGAGCUACAGAGGCUGACGCUCGACUUCAGCGCACGGGAAGCACUGUGUAUCUAUGGAAAUUUGAGUUUUGGCAUCGAGCAUCUCUCUUCCCUCACACGAGUCCAUGCCAUGAUUAGCUGCAAAUCUGUUGUAGCUUCGGAGGUAAAUACUGUGAAGGAUGCGAUACGAGAACAAGCAGGUAACUUGUCUAGCAAACCCACAAUCGAAUUCACCACAAUAAAUGAACACAUGAUAAUUCCUGAUCACAAAGCAAAGACAGCAGCAAUUUCCCCUAAAAUUUGGUUAAACGGGUGUAUCAACUUCAGACAAACUGCCUAG